CUUAGACUGAAAGUGCCCAAGGGCCCCCCAAAAUGCUUAUACCGGCCCUGAUUAUUACGCAAUAUAUUGCUGAUUUACACUCAGCUCCGCGGUAAACAGAUUUGCUUAAUCAGUAACUGAAUGUUACAAGCGACAGACAGUCAUAUGACUACUUCAGGCAAACACCGCACUGUGGAAAACCCAACACUCCGGCAGCUUCAGCAAGUAACUUCGGAAACCUCCUUCAGAUACCAAUCCGCAACAGCAAUGGCUUCAGGGGGUACGUGUUGUGGGACCAUUUCUGGGUUUCUCUUUGAAUAUGAUACACAGAAGAUAGUACUGAUUAAAAACCGGAAAGUCGGACUUAUGAAUCGGCUAGUCCAGUUGGCAAUUAUUGCAUACGUUAUUGGAUGGGUCUUUGUUUGGCAAAAGGGAUACCAGGAAUUUGACAAAGUACUAAGUUCAGUCAGUACGAAAGUAAAAGGAGUGGCCAAGACAAAUGGCUCCAAACUGGGAGUGAGGAUAUGGGAUGUUGCUGAUUAUGUGAUUCCACCACAGGAAGAAAACUCUUUUUUUGUGAUGACAAACAUGCUUCUUACGAUGAAUCAGAAGCAAGGUCAAUGUCCUGAGGUGCCCAGUGUUACAACUAUAUGCCAGACAGAUAAUGACUGCAGCACCGAUGUUCCUGACAUUCACAGCAGUGGCAUUCCUACUGGAAGAUGUGUAUUCUAUAAUGCAACUGUCAAGACCUGUGAAGUUUUUGCUUGGUGUCCAGUAGAAAGUGACACAGUUGUACCCAAGCCUGCUCUUCUUGGUGUUGCUGAGAACUUUACUGUCUUGAUCAAGAACAACAUCCGAUACCCAAAGUUUAAUUUUACAAAGAGAAAUAUUUUAGAUACAGUAAACACUUCCUAUCUCAGCAAAUGUAUUUUCAACCGCAAGACAAACCCAAACUGUCCCAUCUUUCGUUUGCGUGACAUUGUGAUGGAAGCAAAUGCUGAUUUUCAGGAAAUGGCAGUACAGGGUGGAGUGAUGGGGAUUCAGAUUAAAUGGGAUUGUGACCUUGAUAAAUCUGCAUCAAAGUGCAUUCCAGAGUACUCCUUCCGUCGUUUAGAUAACAAAAAUGAGGAGCACAAUGUUGCACCUGGCUAUAAUUUCAGGUUUGCAAAAUACUAUAAAGAUGUAAACAACACAGAAACAAGAACAUUAAUUAAAGCAUAUGGUAUACGUUUUGAAGUACUUGUUUUUGGACAGGCUGGAAAAUUUAAUAUUAUUCCUACAAUGAUUAAUAUUGGGUCUGGUUUGGCAUUACUUGGAGUGGCUACAGUUCUGUGCGAUAUAAUUGUCCUCUACUUGUUAAAGAAGAAAUACUACUACAGAGAGAAGAAGUACAAAUAUGUUGAAGACUAUGAACUGGGUAUAAAUGAACAAGAUACGUACAAAACGAGUCAGUAACUUGACAGAAGAGCUGUCGCACUUAUUUCACUAUGGAGAUUUAUAACACUGCAAUGACUAAUGCACUAUAUUUCACAGUAUAUGAGGGAAAAAGUCUCUGGAAUCGAAUUGUGUUUUCACAUGUUUCCCACAUCUAAAUGAACAUAAUGGAAGUUGUCCAUAAGCAUCUGAAAAAGGGACCAAUGGCUAACAAACCGUGAACUUGAGAUGGGUGGACCACAUCUGUCAUGUUUAGAUGCACUUGUGUAAGCAAGGUGCCAUGUUUUAUAAAUCUAAAUUUCGUUUUCUUAUGAAAUUUUCUUAAUAGCAGCCUAGGUUGUACUGAUGACUGGAAAACAGGCAGUUGGUCAAGCACUGGUAAUUUAUGGUGGAUCCACAGCAUCAGAGUUUUUGUCUAGGUCAAGGAGCAAGCAUUGACAACUUAGGACUACUGAAAAAUGUACUUGGGGAGGGGUAAAGGAAAAUAUCCGUUUUUAAUCAGGUUGCUGCUAGGUAUCUAGAAAAUUCAGUCACAAACAUGUCUUCAUAGUAGUUGUACAGCAUGUCUUGUAUAGCAGGUUUAUUUUUAUUGGGGAAUCCAUCAUGCCAUUUGCUCUUGUAAAGCCAGGCAAGCAUAGAAUAGCAAAAACUCUCUGAUAGAAUUUAAAAGUAUCUAGUCUGUAAUUCCAUGGCAUGAUGAGCAAGAUGUUUUGUCUGUGUGCAUUUUUAGGUUGUCAGGACUCUUGCCGCCAGAUUUUUGCCCAAGUAGUGCAACAAGCUGUUUAUUAAAGGAGUUGUAUGAGAGCAGCAUCAGCUGGUCUCCAAACAUGUCUGCAAACUGGUGACAUUCUGACCAGUUCAUGCUGCUCUUGUAAUCUCUGUCAUCUAAUUACAUAGGUUAAAGUUCAGGUGUUGGAUCAUCUACCUUUCCCCAGGCAUUCUGCUUUGAAGAUAACAUUUUAAAAUGCUCAUUGAAGCAUACUACUACACAUCUGAAUGCUGAUUUUAUUUAAUUUCCACCACCUCUUCACAGCCCCAGAAACCCCUUCAGUUCUAACACAAGUUCUGCUAUAACAGUAGACUAUGGCUGUUGAAAAUGCCCCCUCCCCCCAAAUAGUGUAAUUUUUGUAAGCCUCAAGAGUACUGCACCUGAAUGUGAAAAGAAAUGCACUUUUGAGCUCCUGACAUUUUUGGCAUUAAUGUACUGGAGAUUGUAUCACUAUAUAUUACCUACUGUGGUAAGCUAUACCGGUGUUCUGGCAUUCUAGGGUGUAUAGAUUCUUAGAAAUGUGCUUUUUACAGUGUAUUUGACCUGUAUGUACAGCUUGUGCACUUUUUUCCCCAAGCUGGCAGUAACAUAUGGUGUGCAUUACAGAUGAAUGUUUGUUUUGGUCAUUUCAUCAAUCAUAUUUUCUGGCUCUCCCACUGAUCACCUAGUUUCCUCCAACAUUCCAGUCCUAGCAUCCCAAAGAUAAUGCUUAUUCCAAGUGAGCACUGAAGCACUUUGUAAUGUCAUCAGUAAGCUUUCUGCACCUUAGCCUUUUAGACCAUGUUGAGCCAAGUGAUGUUCCACAGUGUAAUAAACUUGAAUGUGUUCAGAUUAACUUUUGCCCAGAAAUGUUGCUCAUUGAGAAUGUCCAAGUCACUGAAAAUCUGUAAGUAUUUGCAUGGUCUUUGCCAUUCAUCUCAGAAAUAUGGAAGAUGUUUAAAUAAGGGAUGCAUAUGUUUAUAUGGCCAGUAAUGUUUCAGAUUCUGAUCAGUUGUCUGAACAAUAUUUAUUUAGAUUCAAUAAUAGCCUAUACUGUUCAGAAACCUUGAUUACUGCCGUGCACUGUGACAGAGAGGACUACAACAUGCUUGUGAACUAAACAGAGCCUAGUUUAUAUUUAUUGGAUUUUUAUGAGAUAAGGUUUACUUGUGCAUGUGGUUGCACCUUGCUUUUAGCCAGAAAGUGUGAUGCGUGUUCUAAGCUGUGAUAUCACCACAGCUAAAUUAUUCCCCACAUUCCUAAAGCUGGUCAGAAAAUCUCUGUGAAUGUGUCUGAAGUCACAGUACAUGUUAUCUUUGUAAAAUGUCAUUUUCUUAAUUGACUUAACCAGGAGAAUUUCUAUAUUAUGUGUAAGCACUUCAUUGUUUUUUAAUAAAAUGCAAGACAUCACA